GCCUCGGGCUCCGAGCGGACUGCGCUCGCCAGACCUUGUCACUGUGGCGCAGGAGUCACAUGAAGAAGGCAGCCUAUGGCGGCGCGGGGGCGUGGUUGCCGCAGGAGGCGGAGCACCGGCAGGGACCCCGGCAAAGGCUCGGGCUCGGCCUCGGCUCCCGGCUCCGGCUCCGACACAGGCCCCAUCGCGCUCCCGCUCCCGCUCCCGCUCCCUCUCCCAGUGCCAGCAGCGAUGGCGGCGGUCCUGGGGCCCAGCGCCCUGGCUCGGCUCCGCUGGGGCUCGGCGUUCUGCUCCAUCGCGGCCGGAGGCUUGGGCGCCUUCGCGGCCGCCUUCGCCAAGCUGGCCCUGAAGCCGACGUCCCGGGGCCCGGAGGAGGAGGAGGAGCAGGAGCUCCCUUACCCGCCCGCCAUGCAGGCCUGGGUAAGAGCCGGAGCCGGGCCAGCAGGCGGGGUGGGCGGGCGAGCGGCUCUGCUGGAGGUGCUUCUGGCCAGCCGGGGAGCAGCUGCGCCCGCUGUCCAGGGUGCUGCCCUGGAGGGGAGGGGGCAGGAGCCCCGACGGAGCAGACGUCUAAUGGCGCACCGCGUCUGGGGAGGGGGCGCCCUCUGCAGUGCCCCUCGGAGUGCGACUGCGGGGUGGGGAGGGGGCUGGGACGGACCCCUCUGCAGCGCCCCCUGGGAGCGGGACUGCGGGGUGGGGAGGGGGCCGGGGCGAGCCCCUCUGCAGCGCCCCCUGGGAGCGGGACUGCGGGGUGGGGAGGGGCUGAGUCAGACACUCCUUUCCCCUGGGAGAGGGAUUGUGGAGAAGGUGUCGCUCCCCUCUGCAGCGCCCCCUAGGAGUAGUACUGCCGGUUGA